AUGUUCUCCCUCCAAGGCCACACCGCCCUCGUCACCGGCGGAACGCGGGGCAUCGGCCAGGCCGUCGCGCUGGGCCUCGCCGAGGCCGGCGCCGACAUCCUCCUCGUCCAGGGUGGACAGCGAGACGAGUCCAACACGCAGACCCAGAGGGCCAUCCAGCAGCUCGGCCGCAAGGCCACAAUCUACACCGCGGACCUCUCCUCGCGCGACGACGUCGCCGCCCUCGUGCCCAGGGUGCUCGCCGACGGCCACGAGGUGCGCGUCCUGGUCAACUGCGCCGGCAUCCAGCGCCGGCACCCCUGCGAGUCCUUCCCCGACGCCGACUGGGACGAGGUGCUGCAGGUGAACCUCAACGUCGUCUUCCGCCUCUGCCGCGACGUCGGCGCGCACAUGCUGCGGCUCGAGCCCUGCGCCGCCACGGGCCGCAGGGCCAGCAUCGUCAACUUCGCCAGCCUGCUCAGCUUCCAGGGCGGGCUGACGGUGCCCGCCUACGCGGCGUCCAAGGGCGCCGUCGCGCAGCUGACCAAGGCCCUCGCCAACGAGUGGACGGCCCGCGGGGUCAACGUCAACGCCAUCGCGCCCGGCUACGUGGCCACCGACAUGAACGAGGCGCUGCUGGGCAACCCGGAGCGCCUGGCGCAGCUCGACGCGCGCAUCCCCGCCGGCAAGUGGGGGCAGCCCGAGGACUUCAAGGGCUCGGCGGUGUUCCUGUGCAGCAAGGCGAGCGCGUACGUGGCCGGGCAUGUGCUGGUUGUCGACGGGGGGUGGAUGGGGCGGUAG